AUGCAAGCACAUACUGACUUUCUGAUAAGAAACAGAAAAUGUCUCAACUGCGCAAAAACCAACCAUUUUCUGAAAAAUUGCGUAAGUAAAGGAUGCAGCAAGUGCGAAGACAAGAAGCAUCACUUUUCUAUUUGUCCUAAACGGAUAGGCAAGGAAAGUGCUACCGCACAACAAAAACGAGACGGCCCAGCAGGAAUCUCACCCACGGUCAAACGUGUGAAGCAGGACAAGGGUAAAACUCCACAACGGCAAAAUUUCGCUGUGACAUCCGACACUCAAAUUCUGCCUGAAGUGGAUGACCGCAAAACGCCAUUGCAGUGUGUAUCAAAUACAGAGCUCACUUCACGGCAGAACAAUGUCCUCUUAUUGACAGGACUUGCGAAAGUGCGAAAUAAGUCAGGAAAACUUCAAGAUAUUGAAAUUCUUUUGGAUACAGGAGCUGAUAGAUCGUUCAUACAACGGCAACUGGCAGAUGAUCUAGAAUUGCCAAUAACGAACAAAGUGGAUUUAUCAGUCUAUACAUUCGGGGACAAAUCUCCCAAAAGACAACAAUAUGACGUUACCCCUCUCCAAAUUUGGGAUGCCUUAGGAGGUAGUCAUAAUCUCCACUUAUGUAAAACCGAUGUCAUCACGGAAAAGGCUAAACAAGUCCAACUUACAUCGGAUGACUUAAAGUACUUGCAGAAGAAGAAUGUCCGCUUGUCAAAAAGGGAAGAUACGUCUGAAAACCCGCAAGUAUUACUAGGUUGCGAUCAACUCUGGCCUCUAUUGUCAACAACUAGUCCUCAGCAUAUGUUGCCAUCAGGCUUAAUGGUGAUCCCUUCUAAAUUGGGGUAUCUGCUAAGCGGACGACAAGAGCGAAGCAGCGAUAGAAAGCACUCACUGCGAAAAAGCGAGAACUUCCAUAUUGCGAGAAUAGGUGCCCUCGAUGCAGAAGAAGUAGAUGAGUGGGACCGGUAUUGGUCACUCGACUCUUCUGGCAUUGAGGAGUAUGGAGGGUCAAAGUGUGAAGAAAAAGCGCAGGUCAACGCCAAGAUCAUGCAGUAUUUUAACGACACGAUAGAGAAGCGCCAUGACGGAUACUAUGUCCGCCUUCCCUUCAAGGAAAAUUGCGACAUACUGCCUACAAACAAAACGUUAGCAUAUCGCCGCCUUAUCAGUGCUUGGAAUAAACUUAAGUCAAAUGAAGAUCUCCUUCAUCAGUACCAUAAGGUUUUCGAGGAACAACUCGAAAAAGGUAUUAUUGAAAAGGUCCCUAAUACAGGGGAAAGCCCUUCUCCUCUGGUUCAUUACUUACCCCAUCAACCUGUAGUGACACCACAGAAACAAACAAAAAAGUUACGCGUCGUUUUUGAUGCUUCGUCCCACCUUAAGGGUUUUCCUUCGCUGAAUGAUGCGUUACAUCAAGGUCCCCUCAUUCUGCCAGAACUGUACGGAAUGCUGUUGAGGUUUCGUAUGAAACCUCACGUAGUUACAUCUGAUGUUGAAAAAGCAUUUCUGCAGAUCCGGCUGCAUGAACAGGACAGAGACGUAACAAGAUGUUUUUGGUUAAAAAAGCACGGCUCUCCCACCUGA